UAUGGACAAGUGUCGCUCUAUCCAAGAGUCUGAUUCACCACCCAACCUUCUCUCUCUGUCUUUCUCCAAGGGCUGCCGACGUAUUGCAUGAGCGGAUAACUUCUUUGGAAAAGCCUACAAAAAUCAGCGAAAAGGAUGCAGUCAUGCUCUCUUUCCUCCCCUGUUUCUCAGCCUCCCCUGUUUUUUCCGUCUCCAAAAACUACCUACUCCUCCUGAAACCUCUGUCCCUGGCAAGAGCCACCCUCUGCCGUCUCUCCACCACCACCGCCACUACCACCACCACCACCAUGUCCAUAAACCUACAGUCCCAUGCCUUCGCAGGCAACCCCAUCCGAUCCAAGACUCCAAAACCCAGUGACCCAUUUUCUCCCAACUCUGCUCUCGAAACCCUCAAGACCCAGCUUCUGGAGACCACCCACCAACCCAGUUCUUCCAAUUUCAAGGUCUUGCCUUUCCGAAAGGGACGGCCUUUGGCCUCCUCUUCUUCCGCUGGCGACGCCCUGGGCCCAAUUUGGCAUCUGGGUUGGAUCAGCUUGGCUGAUUGCAAGCUUUUCUUGGCUAGUUGUCGGAUCGAUUUGAGCUAUGACUCGUUGGUUUAUCUGGGUUCGGAGUCCGCCGCCGAGGCGGUGUAUUGGGCGGUUGACGUCGCCGGGGAGGCCAAUUUGGUGCCCGAAAUUGGCGGCGAGAAGUUCUGCUUUGUGGAGCUGAGGACGCUGAUGGUGGCCACUGAUUGGGACGAUCAACACACGAUGGGCGAAUUGGCCAUUGCUGGUCAUGCUCGAGCAUUGCUGGAAUGGCACAAUACAUCUCGUUAUUGUGGACGGUGUGGAGGAAAAACGGUCCCCAUGGAAGCAGGAAGGAGGAAGCAAUGUGUGAAUGAGUCGUGCAAAAAGAGGAUAUACCCUCGGAUUGAUCCAGUUGUGAUCAUGUUAGUUAUCGAUAAGGAAAAUGACUGUGUGCUUCUAAGCCGGCAAUCAAGAUUUGCACCACGAAUGUGGAGUUGCUUGGCUGGGUUCAUUGAGCCAGGAGAAAGCUUGGAAGAAGCAGUGAGAAGGGAAACAUGGGAGGAGACUGGAAUUGAAGUGGGAGAGGUUGUCUACCACAGUUCUCAGCCGUGGCCAGUUGGACCAAGUAGCAUGCCAUGUCAGUUGAUGGUGGGAUUCUUUGCCUAUGCAAAAUCGCGGGAAAUAAAUGUUGACAAAGAAGAGUUGGAAGAUGCUGAGUGGCACAGUAGAGAAGAUGUGAAGAAAGCAUUGAUGGUUGCCGAAUACAAGAAGGCACAACAAACGGCAGCGGCGAAGGUAACCCAGAUGUGCAAGGGAGUUGAGAAAGGGCAAAGUCUGUCUGCAGAUUUCAAUGUUGAAAGCGGGGAACUUGCCCCUAUGUUCUUCCCGGGUCCAUUCGCUAUUGCCCAUCACCUCAUCUCUUCAUGGGCAUUUCAAGACUCGGUGAAUGGGUUUCAAUCUCAGCCAACACACGCCGGUGCUUCCAUGUCCAACUUGUAGCAAACAGUGGCCUUAAGUUUCCAAAGUAUCGGUGUCCUCCUUGAUCCACUAAAAAAUACGAAAAGGGAAAGAGAAAAUGAGAUGAUAGUUGAAAAGGAACAUAUGACAAAGGGCAUCACUGUUAAUCUGAGUGUCUCUUUCUCGCUGAUUCAAUUGGUGGAUUGUUGAAGCAAAAGUUCGUGCGUCAUUGUGCAGAAAAGUAUAUAUGGUUCAAGGGUUACAAAAUUCACAUUGUGACUGUGUGAUGCUGGUCAUUCCAAGCAUUGCUGAUCGAGUCAUUGUUGUUUCGCUUUUGCUUUUGUUAAUAAGGCAGCUGAAAUUGUGUUAGGCGUAGCUUCUUCGAGUAAUAUUUGGAUAUUCAACUGUCAGUUCAAGAACAUUCAGAUUAAUUGUCCCUGAUCUAUCAAGUUCAUGAUGAUAUAUUCAUUUCAUUGCUUUC